CUACACAAAAAAUGGGAAAUAGCAAAAAGAGAAGAAAAGAAUCAGAGGAUCACAAAAUGCGUUUGCCGCAGCGCCACCUCCGUGAUAGUUCCGGCUGGUUGGGGCUCGCCGCAAUAGCGUACGUGGGCAUAGACUACCUCCGCCACAUAUCACCGGUGUGGCACGAGCUGAUGCAGCCAGCUCUCUGGGCGGGGCUCGUGAUCGCCACUAUAAUUCGCGUCCCACUCUACAGGCACUGGUCGUUGGAGCUACCUGUCGCCAUUCCCUUCAUAUUAUCAUUGCUCUUCAUGCUCUCCGCACUUCUCUUUGAAGCUAUUUGCGUUCGCUUUGCUACCGCUGUUCUCGGUCUUGAUUGGCACAAUGAUACACCGCCUCUUCCUGACGUUGGGCAGUGGCUGCUGCUGGCGUUGAAUGAGAAAUUGCCCCAAACGCUGGUCAAUUUAUUGAGAGCACAUAUUAUUGGAUUGCAUCAUUUCUUGAUGUUGUUUAUAAUGCUUGGGUUCUCAGUAUUAUUCAACUCGGUUGAAGCUCCGGGUUUGGGCCUGGGUGCAAGAUACAUGUUCACAAUGGCUAUUGGUCGGCUUCUUAGGGCAUUAGCAUUUGUGUCCACAAUUCUGCCCUCACCGCGUCCGUGGUGUGCAUCAACGAGAUUCCGAGUGCCUCCAUACCCUCAUCGCUGGGCUCAGAAGUAUUAUGUUCCAUAUUCAAACAAUUCUAAUGCUAUAAAACUAGUCAUUAAAUAUGAUAUAGCAUAUGCUGUUGCAGGGGAUUCCAGCACCGAAUUCCAACCACACUGGGGAUUGAUGAACUUUCUUGCUGAUCUUUUACGACCUACUGCUUCUAAGGGAUCUUCCUCAUGGUACAAUCUGCUGACAAAAGCUGGAGGCGGGUGCAAUGAUUUACUUUUCAGCGGCCAUAUGUUUGUUGCAGUGUUGACUGCUAUGGCAUGGAAGGAAGCUUAUGGAGGAUAUAGCUCAGCUCUUAUAUGGAUGUUUGUGAUGCACAGCGCCCAACGAGAAAUCAGGGAACGAUACCAUUAUACGGUGGAUUGUGUUAUAGCCAUUUGCAUGGGCAUAUUUCUGUGGAAGAUGACAGGUCUUUUCUGGCCAAUCAAGGAUGCUUCCAGAGAUAGGCGACUAGAUAAACUUGACAAAAUUCAGAGCAGACUACUGCAAGCAGCAAAGGAUUCCGAUAUAGAUGCAGUGAGGCAACUUCUAAAUGAAGUGGACUUGAGUAGUCAAGUUAGCCAGAAACCAGGAAGUAGGCUUAUGUGGUUGUUUUCCGGUGCAACCAUUUUCUUUACACUUGUUAUUGUUCUUCUAGCCUUUACACUGACCAGCGAUGGUUGAUUUUGGUUCAUUGGACAUCUUUUUCCACACAUCGACAGACGUGGUUCAGUUUUGCGCAUUAGAAAAGCCUCGUCCUUGGGUUUUUCCCGUUCUGCCUAGGUUGUUCAAUAUAUUCAGAUUUGAGACACCAUUUAAUUAUUGUGACAUGCAGACGUUGAAGUAGCUUUGUAUAAUCACAUACAUUCUGAACUUAAUAAUACGUAAUAUUUUCUAGAUGAAA